UACAGCAGGUAAAAAUGGGAAACUGUGCCUGUUCCUGUAAGUGUUGCUGUUUGCUGUGUUCAGAGGAUAAGGAAGAAGUAAAACCUACCAAAAAGCGAAUGUACACGUCGAUCUACAAUUACCCCAGUAAUGAUCUAGCUGCAAGGAAACUCAUAAAAGGAGAUAAAUUAAUAGUGAUUGAGGAAAAGGAACACUGGGUGCAUGCCAAGAAAAUCACAAUAAAUUGUGACCAGAAAGGAUUUACUGAAGAACAGAUCUAUGUACCAAAAGAUUUUCUCAGACCAGUGGAUAGUUUGGAAGCACAGCCAUGGUAUUUUGAAAACAUCACAAAGCGCACUGAGGCCAAAAGAUGUCUGAUGAGAACAGAAAACAGUGAAGGUGCAUUUCUAGUUUGGAAAAAUAAAGAGAAUAAUUUCUUCUACCUUUCAGUAAAGAAUGGCCCAUAUGCACGGCAUUACAGAAUUAAGGAAAGAGAAUCUGACAAAUGGUUUUACCUUGUUGAUCGGAAAACAUUUCAGACCCUUCCUGAGUUAGUGCAAUCAUAUUCUAAGCAUCAGGAUGGCCUUUGUACACGGCUUAAACUCCCGUGUGUUAUGCUGGACAGUCCUUCCCUUCCGAGCCUGUCAUAUGAGCAACAAUGGGAAAUUGACCGAAGCUCUCUGACCAUAGUGAAGAAGCUUGGCAGUGGGGAAUUUGGAGAAGUGUGGCAUGGGCUGUGGAACAAUACGAUUAAUGUGGCCAUUAAGGAGUUUCGAGUCCUCAGCCCAGAUAUUCAAACAGAGAUAAAGAUAAUGAAGGAACUUCAGCAUAAGCACCUGCUCAGACUGUACGCUGUGUGUACUGUUGAGGAGCCCUUCUGUAUUAUCACAGAGCUCAUGAAAAAUGGAAGCUUGAAGAAAUAUCUCAUCAAUCACAAAGAGUUGAGAGAUAUUGAGUUUACACUCAUGAUGGACUUUUCAGUGCAGAUUGCAGAAGGGAUGUCAUACUUGGAGAGUAAAAGCAUAGUUCACAGAGACUUGAGAGCUGAUAACAUUCUACUCACUGAAAUGCUGAUAUGCAAGAUAGCAGAUUUUGGACUAGCCCAAUAUACUUUCUCCCAAGAUCAAAAUUCAGUUAAAAUCCCAGUGAAAUGGAUGGCACCUGAGAUCUUUACUGGAAAGGAAUACACAAUGAAAUGUGAUAUCUGGUCUUUUGGGAUUCUCUUAACUGAAAUUAUCACAUACGGAAAUGAUCCAUACCCAGACCUAGAAAAAAGACUUGUAUUGAGUCCAUUCAGCAAGGUUACAGGAUGCCAUGUCCAGCAGACUGCCCUGUAAUAUUGUAUGAUGUCAUGCUGCAAUGCUGGCAUUCUAACCCUGACAAAAGGCCCACAUUCAUGGAGC